UGGAUGUGACUGCUCUGAUUGCACUCCAUGGGAAAGCGAGAAGAAAUAGCCUACCUCUGAUCAUCAACGCGUCAUAUAAUGUUUCAGCGGACGCCCCUCCCCCUGUCUCGUUUUUUCCCCUCACUCAACCUCUCCUUUGACUCACAGAGGCGGCUCACCACUGGCGCACGGACCGUGGAGGAUACGGGCAGAAGAUGGCUGACUUAGCCGGGCGCCGCAAGCCCUCGGCGGCAUCACCAGCGUCACACGGGCCGCUGAAAAGCUGCAAGACAUCCGCCGUCUGGCGACUGUAAACAGCUGCCGCUGCCUCUCUCGCCCCCCUCCUCUCCCCUCCUCACCGCAAAUAUUGACAGAAGUAUCACAGAGAAAACAUGGCAGAGAUGGAAAAAGAGGGCAGACCUCCGGAAAAUAAGAGAAGCCGAAAACCAGCACACCCGGUGAAAAGGGAAAUAAAUGAAGAGAUGAAGAGUUUUGCAGAGAACACCAUGAACGAGCUGCUGGGCUGGUACGGCUACGACAAGGUGGAGCUGAGAGACUCUGACAACCUGGACAUAGGGGAGACGCCACAGCACAUCUCUGUCCUCAAAGAAAACUUGUUGCCAAAAAUCCCAGCUUCAACAGAGAGCAGCGAAGGCUCCCCAGAUCGAGCCAACAGCUCCCAGUCUUUGCCAGCCUCCAGGAAUGGAGUCACAGAGCCCUCCACCACGCCGUCCACCUCCACGCCCAGCACCAAGGAACAUGGCAACCUGCCCAUCAUAGUCCCCAUGAUCCCCCCGCCACUGAUCAAGCCCCCUGCAGAUGAGGAUGCAUCCAAUGUGCAGAUCAUGUGUGCCUGGUGCCAGAAGGUCGGUGUCAAACGCUAUUCUCUGAGCAUGGGGAGUGAGCUGAAGAGCUUCUGCAGUGAGAAGUGCUUUGCUGCCUGCCGCAGAGCCUACUUUAAAAGAAACAAGGCGAGAGACGACGAUGGCCUCGGUGGGAAAUUACCCCAGAACAGCUUUACUCAGGACACGCCCAGGCUUGUCUUCAAGACAAACAGCGAUGUGCUUGUGUGUGACUGGUGCAAACAUAUUCGCCACACUAAGGAGUACCUGGACUUUGGUGCUGGUGAGCGGAGGCUGCAGUUCUGCAGUGCCAAAUGCCUGAACCAAUAUAAGAUGGAUAUUUUCUACAAGGAGACCCAGGCCGCGCUUCCUGGAGCACUGUGUAACCCAGGACACGGGCCUGGUGGGGAGGGUAAGCCAGAGUGCAGUGGAGGGGUACAGCUGCUCACUCCUGAAUCCUGGGGAACGCCGUUAACGGACCUACGCCGUAAAGCUCCCUCACCUGGGGGGCCCUCCACCACCUCUGUUUUGGCCUCGUCCACUUCUUCUGCCACCUCACCCUCAGACACUCCUGCUGUGUGCUCCCCAUCCUCCUCCUCCUCAGCCAAGAUCCCCACACCCAGGCCCCAUGAAAGCCCCACACUUCCUCCUCCACCUGUUCCUACUUUGCACCCACCAGUUGGAGUUCCCCCUGGUAGCCCUCCCAUGGUAAUGACACCACGGGGACCCAUGCCCCUGCCUCUGUUCAUGGAGCAUCAAAUGAUGCAGCAGAUCCGUCCACCGUUUCUUCGCCCCUCUGCCCACCCAGCAGGGCCCAACAGUCCACUUUCAAACCCCAUCAUACCUGGCAUUGGUCCACCACCACCACCGAGGACCCUUGGUCCAGCAUCAAGCCCCAUGCACAGGCCCAUGCUGUCUCCACAUGUCCACCCCUCAUCCAAUCCCAACCCUGGCAUGAUGCCCCCCCACCCUGGUCUCCCCAUGCCAGGCCUACCCCCUUUCCCUCCAGUCAACAUGAUGCCCAAUGGACCCAUCCCCCUGCCCCCAAUGAUGAACUUUGGCAUGCCAUCCUUGGCUCCAUUGGUACCCCCACCAACUCUUUUGGUUCCUUACCCUGUUAUUGUACCCCUCCCUGUACCAAUCCCUAUUCCAAUCCCAAUUCCCUUUAACCCCAAAACUUCCAGGGACCAGCCAGAGAGCAAUGGCUCUGUCCGCAGUGCUCCAGAGUCAUCAGAAGCUUCAGCUUCUGGGCCCCACUCUCCAGGUUCCUCUGGAGGUGACAGAGGGGAGCAGAAAGUAGAGCCAGCUGGUGCGGAGCGUCUCUCUCCUGUACGCUCAGAGAGAGGCAGGACAGCGUUGGUGGACUUGACUGUGAAGGCAGAGGAAAAUUCUGGCAACCUGUGCCCAACCAGCAGCCCAAAACUUAUGGACGGUGUGAUUGAUCUAACAGUUGGCCAGAGAUCAUGCCAACAGCAGGUCAUUCACAGGAUGCUACCUGGGGUCCAGGUCAAAGUAGAGGCAGAGGCUGAAUCAAGAUCCCCACCAGCUGCUGGGCUGGGGAGGGAAGGGAAGGGCAGUUGUGAUGGGGGGGAAGGAGUCCUCUCACAGGGUCUCCUCAGUGCUCCGCAGCUGGAAGGGUCCACACACCCAAACACACUGGAAUCAUCAGGCCCACCCAGCCCUUCUGGCAAUGCUGAUUCUCCAGUGAGCCAGCUAAAUCCCUCUAUCUCCAACCUUACCCCACCACCCUUACCCAGCACAGCACGGACCCAGCCCCAACUCCAAACUAGCCCCGGCACCCCAUGUAAUGUUAUUGUCAAUGGUACAGGAUGGCAUUCGCUUCUCCCUCCUACCAUUGAGUCUUGCUCUGACCGAAAAGGAGACGGGGUUGCAGGAGAAGGAGAGGCAGAGGAGCAGCCAGCCAACGGAGAACUGGAGCGUGAGGCACUGAAAGAGAACAAUUGCUCAGUCGGAGACUGGGAGCUGGGGAAACGGGGCUCAGCACAAGAUGAGAUGGCAAACACAGUAGAGGGUAAGCCAGACCCUGACUCCAACCUGGAGGAGGGCGAGCAUGCCUAUGCCCUGCCGCUGCUGUCUACGGGAGGCUGCGUGGUCAUCCAGCCUGUGCCAAAGCCCGGUGCUGACAAGACGGCCAUCCUGUCCUGUUCCAUCAGUGCUCCUUUAUCAGCAGCCGGGAGCCCUGAGCUGGAGCCACCGCUGAAAAGGAGGUGUCUGCGAAUUCGCAAUCAAAACAAAUGAGAUGGAUGCUCUGAGGGACGCAGUGCCAUCAGCGACACUCACUUGUCCACCCCCACCUCCAAAUCCCACCCCUCCCAACUACACCACUGCACACGUGCACACACACACACACACACACACACACACACAAACACACACUUUGUUCUCGUCCUCACCCAUCGUCCAGUCUACCAGCACCACAAAUCGCCUUCAACGACUGAUGAGAGUCCAACCAAACAUGUUGAUGUGUAUCAUAGUAGAGCGGACAGGACUCCUUUUGUCUACGUGACAGAUACUCUAAUGGACUGAACUUCUACAGACUUGAUGUCAGGGCCAGCAGGAUUGUUUCACCUUUGAACUGCAGACAGUGCAUCCUUGCAACAGGAGGACUUCACCCCACUGCUUCUCUCCUCAUUUCAAGACUCUCAGCCCACACUGCCCCUUACACCUUAUCCACCCUCCCCUAUCAAACAAGUGCUCUCUGUAUUGUUGGUUACAAUGGAAUGCACCAUAGUGUCCCAUAUUCAAAGCAACUGUUGGGAAAUUAGUGAGGGAGAGAUUUACAUCCCUCUAUGAAAUGCUUCUGUUUCAAUCCAACCAGAUGUCACAGCACAGGUACAAAAUCUGCUCCAGUAAGUGUUUUUUUUUUCUCAUACAACUUGUCACUAAAGUAUAGACUAACUUCACAAGGUUUAGACUGUAAGGCCACACAGCUGGUGAAAAUAGCAGAAAUCCUGCACUAUCUUCUUGGCCUUUGCUUGUCCACAACCAGCGUAAAUGUACUUGCCAACCUGACACCAAGUGUUCUGGCUGAUCCUGAUGGGUGGUAGCUAAAAAGAAGCAUAGCAAGCAUGAAUACAGUUAAUGCAAUAUGACUGGAGGAUGAUUUAAAGAGCUAUUUUAUUCAGAGACUAGAAAACUGUCCUUGGACAUAAAAUCAUCAAUUGUGUUGAGAGUUAUUCCUACUGAAUCAGCAAACCGGGGGAUAAAAUAUUAACCUUCACCAGCAAGUGAUGGUGUGUGGGUGGAAUCAUGCAAUCUCUGCCAUUUUUCUGUGGCAUCUAUUUAUUUGCUUGUAAACGUCACUGAAUUUAGAUAUACAUUGUUACACAAGAACGGGACAGAGAUGUCAUGAUAAUCAUUCGUCCCAUUGACAUUUUCACACCCUCAGGAACACCGUCUGCGUGCUUAAACAGUAAGCCUCGCAAGUAACAGUAAGACAGGCCCCUGCUGUUUGAGAACAUUUCAAGGCUUACUGCACCUCCGAAAGAACUGGGAUGGCAUGGCAAUGUAGAAACUCUGCCAACCUGCAAUGGGUACUUGCUACCGCAGGCUAGUACUUAAUCUUUUCUAUAAUACAUUACCAGUGAUGUUCCUGUCAUGGGUUAGUUUGAGACUGACUGCACUGAAUUUAGAGGGGGCAGAGGGAAGCCAGCUCCUUCAUAAAUAAUUCUUUUGGGACCUGGAGAAAAACUGCUGAAGUAACACUACAAAAAUAUUUCAACAAUAAACACACUGAAGACAGAUUCAUGUUGAAAAUAAUUUGGAAAAUCUUUACAUAUUGCCUCUUGCUUGUCCACUGAUCCUGCCAAGUUACUUCAUUUUUUUUGCCAGUUGGUAUUUGUUUUAAGCCAAAUCUGAAGGCAGUGUUGUCUUUGAUUCAAUGUUUUACUCUAUGUACAGCUUUUGGGGCAGUUUAAGUAAAAGCAACACAAACUGUCACCAGUCCAGUUUGAUCUGAUCCAGUUACACUGCGGCUUAAGCCUGUGAGCUGGGACACCAUCAAACAAAGCCAGCAUUUAGUUUACACUCCUAUGGAGGAGGUACAUUUUACCAGUGUGAUACAAGGUAUUAUCAUAUGCCAAAGGCCUCUGGUGUGUUGAAACAAAACAUGUCACCUAGUUUUCGGUGGAAAUGGGAUUUCAAACUGAAGAUUUGACCAGAUAAUUUAUAGUUGCCAAAAUAAUAAGCACUUAUUUUAAAAAAAAGAAAGGAAAAUAAAGGAGAACACAAGUGGAUGUCAAAAACAGUAUUACUCUGUUAUCUCUCUUUAUGGUUUACUCAGUCCAUAAAGGCCUGUGAUAUGUGACGCUGCGAGUAAAGCUCUGCAUUGAAAAGAGAAUGCAGGAGUUGAGGGAUUCUCAGUCAUUUGUUACAGUAGAUGUGUUCAUUGCUUUGUAACCUUGUCCUAUCUCACUGUUAAACCUGCAGCCUUGUUUUAUUUCAGUCUGUCAUGAUGAGACAGAAUUAAUUCACUCAAUUCAUUCUUUGUCCAAGUGAGGCCCAACAUUUACUCAUACACUUAUUGACAUAUAAUAAGCAUACAUACUGGUGUCAGACGCACACACAAUGCACACAGUAAAUUUAACUUUGUGUAUGUGUGUGUGAGGCAGGUGCAAGCAGAGAGCCCAGUUGAGAUUACAGAGUGUUGACUCAGAAUAAGCAGUGUGCAACUCUAUCUGUUGCCUGUUAGUCAGGCAUUUAGGCUUAGCUUGCCACUUGCCAAGGCCCAGCUUUGGUGUCACUUUAAGCAUUUCUUUGCCAUUGCUUCAUUUCUCUCCAAGCAAAGGCAGUGAGAAUGCUCUUUUUAAACUGCCUGCUUCUGUCUUCUUUACCUUUUACUGAAUUGCAUUUGGUCGUAAGUAGAAAUACUCCUUUCUGUGAUUCUUCCAAGAAUUUCCAUAUGUACUGUAUUUCUUAAGUUACAGUUUAUAUCAAAAGAAUAGGAAUUGAACAAUUGCAGCCCUAUUCCAAAACUGAGAUUUGAGUUGUUUCAUCUGAAAUCUUGCAAAUGAAAGCACAAAAACCAGGAUCGAUGUAAACUAGAAACCAGACACUGUAAUUUCUAGUGUCAGGGCCACAGAUUUUCGAGGCCAUGAGCUGCCCAACACACCCUGUACUAUUUUAAUCAGAAACCAAAAAGGACUCCAAGGUCUCUCUUUAUUACAAAGAUUUUUCAUAUUUUAUUUAUUCAGUCAAAUGUUCAGUUGUGCUUUUUGUAAAUGUAUUUCUCAUGAAUUAGAGAAAAAAUAGUACAACCCUAUAUAUAGGUUACAGUUUCCUAUUUCUUCCUAGAAAGAUGGAAGACUGCUAGCUGUUGUGAGGAGUGAGGAGAACUAAGUUUUCUAAAAUCUGUGUGUCCUGGUUAGCUGCUUUGUUUACUGCUCAGAGCUGACAGCCUGCUAGCAUGAUCAAAAACAGAAGACCGGCUGUAAAAAGUUGUCAUUGGCAUAUAGACUGAUAAAUGUUCUGGUCAUAUGUGUAGAUUGCCAUAAAAUGUAUUGAGCACACUGAUGUUAUUAAGAGGAUGAGCCUUUUCCAAUUUGGACUCCUCUUUAGCUCUCCUCUAGUGCCAUCCUCAGGACAAAAUAUCAACUUUAUACAGACAAUAUCCAAAACUAGUCAUGUUUUAUUUAAAGGAAUAGUUCAAUAUUUUGGUAAAUGCAGAUAUUUGCUUUCAUGCAGAAAGAAAAGAUUUCUACCACUGUUAUAUCUGUUUGUAAAUGUGAGGCUACAGCGAGUUGUUGAUUAGUUUAGUUAACAUAUAGACAGGGAAUGGGAGAAACAGCUAGCCUGGCUCUGGUAUAAGAAAUAUGCCUACUAGAACCUCUAAAGCUCACUAAAUAACACUUUUUAUCUUGUCUGUUUCCAGUCUUUAUGCUAAGCUCAGCUAACUGGCUGCUGGCUGUAGCUUCAUAAGCGCAUUUCCCAAAAUGUGAAAAUAUUCCUCUAAAUUUGCUCCCCAGAGGACAAAUGCUAAUUGUUUUGGUGACCUUUUCUUGACCUUUCUUCUGUUGCCAUCAUCAGGUCAAAUUUACAAUUUUACGCUGGCUGAUCUCCCACUCUCUCUCAGAGUGGGUCAGUCUUCUGGAAAUUUCAUACUGAUUUAAAAAGGUUGAGGGGGCUUGACUUUUGAUGAGGAACUAUCCAAAAUCCAUUGUUAUGUCUGCUUUUUCUCCUGCUUGACACCUUAACACACACAUACAGACACACA